CGUUUCCAUGUGUUCACACUAGCUCAUCAUGGAGGUUAAGGUGAAGCCAUCAUACCUGAAAUGAAACAAGACCCGCCGGCUACUUUUCACAGGUGGCAGGUCUUUUAUCGGAACUUGUUACUCCGCCACAAACAAUCUCCUUCGUUUCUCAGACGUCGCUCAUAAACCUGGGGCCUACCCCUCUACUGCCACCUAAAGGCCAACCCUGGAACAAACCGGACCUGCUGGAACCAAGUGGAUGCAUUACACUGUGAACAGCAGGGCAGUCAGGGAGGACAUCACCAAAGCGGACAAAGGAAGGAUGGGAGGAUGGCCGGCAACCCCAGCCGGUGGCUCUGCAACUCACCAGAGCCGAGAAGGGCAGCUGCACAAUGUAAUGUCGAUGCUCGGGGAGCAGUACUACCGCGAUGCCAUGGAGCAAUGCCACAGCUACAAUGCCCGCCUGUGUGCCGAGCGCAGCAUCCUGAUGCCCUUCCUGGACUCGCAGACCGGCGUGGCUCAGUCCAACUGCUACAUCUGGAUGGAGAAGAGGCAUCGGAGCGCAGGUGUGGCUCCAGGUCAGCUGUACACUUACCCGGCUCGUCGCUGGAGGAAGAAACGGCGCUCUCACCCGCCUGAGGACCCCCGCCUGGCUUUCCCCCCUCUCAAAGCAGAUUUAGAGCUGGGUCUGAAGCGCGACGCCUUGGGGGCGGUGGACGGCAGCAGUCUGGAGGCGUUGCUCAAGGGCGAGCCCGUGGACAGGAGGAGCGGCGUGGCGGACGUCCGUGGUCCCGAGGACGAUGCGGCCACCGCCGAGCCCCCUGCCAGCUCUGCGGCCACGCACACGUCUUCUGGACGCGUCCGCAAGAGAGUCUUGGACCACGAUGACUACCUGGAUGACUUGGACGAUGAAGACUUUGAGGACGAGACCCCCAAGAGGCGGGGCAAGAGCAAAUCCAAAGGGCGCGGCGACAAGAACGGCAAGAAGAAAAGCGAGGCUGCAGCUGCAGCUCUGGAGGAACGAGACAAACCCUACGCCUGCGACAUCUGUGGGAAGCGCUACAAGAACCGUCCGGGCCUCAGCUACCACUAUACACAUUCUCACCUGGCCGAGGAGGAGGGCGAGGACCGCGAGGAGAUCGAGGCACCACCCACUCCUCGCCAGCCUGAGGAGCAGAAGACAGCCAAUAAGAAGGGUCCCAAUGGCCUGGCGCUGCCCAACGAUUACUGCGACUUCUGUCUGGGAGACUCCACCAUGAACCAGAAGACCGGCCAGUCGGAGGAGCUCGUGUCCUGCUCGGACUGCGGACGCUCAGGCCACCCGACGUGUCUGCAGUUCACGCCCGUGAUGAUGGCGGCCGUCAAGACCUACCGCUGGCAGUGCAUCGAGUGCAAGUGCUGCAACGUGUGCGGCACCUCGGAGAAUGACGACCAGCUGCUGUUCUGUGACGACUGCGACCGAGGCUACCACAUGUACUGCCUUUCCCCCCCCAUGACCGAGCCCCCCGAGGGGAGCUGGAGCUGCCACCUGUGCCUGGCUCUGCUCAAGGACAAAGCCUCCAUCUACCAGCAGAACCAGAACCUCGCCUCCGAGUGACGCCGCCCCAGUUAGCCCCCCCUAAAGGACAGCUUCUGUUGAAAUGUAGCUCAGCAGCAGGAUUCCAUAUCUACGGGGGGGGGACCAAACAAAACAGACCUCAGAUCAGUUCAAGUGCGGAUCAACGGAACGGCCAACCUCCCGGGCAAUACCGUCUUGGGCUGCUGCACACGUAUGUGCGGUAACCAUAGCAACAGCUGUCUCCAUGGGAGUAGCAUCACAGCUAAUUAUCUGCACUGUGGAGCGUUUACUUGCUGGAUGCGGACGACGUUGCUGGGAAUUAGGAUUAUUAACGUUAUUGUUCUAGUGGACUUUCUAGUGGCUUUUGUGUACUUGAUCCAUUCUGGGGUUUUGUCAUCCACAAACUCUGACACGUUUAGCUCAGGCCGUGUAGCCCUUACUGGAUAGAAAUGGCAGCAGACACUCUGGCUGGCACGCUCUACUCGUAGACAACGUACUCCCAUCUACCACCCUCUACUAGUAGACAACAUACUCCCAUCUACCACGCUCUACUCGUAGACAACGUACUCCCAUCUACCACCCUCUACUCGUAGACAACGUACUCCCAUCUACCACGCUCUACUCAGACAACAUACUCCCAUCUACCACCCUCUACUCAGUCAACAUACUAGCAUCUACCACCCUCUACUCAGACAACAUACUCCCAUCUACCACCCUCUACUCAGACAACAUACUAGCAUCUACCACCCUCUACUCAGACAACAUACUCCCAUCUACCACCCUCUACUCAGACAACAUACUAGCAUCUACCACCCUCUACUCCACUGGCCUCGUCACACGUGCUAUGCUGGCACGCUCUACUCGUAGACAACAUACUAGCAUCUACCACACUCUACUUUACUCAUAGACAGUAUACUAUCAUCUAUCGCACUCUACUCAUAGACAGUAUACUAGCAUCUACCACAUGCUACUCAUACAGUAUACUAUGAUCUAUCGCACGCUACUCUACUCAUAGACAGUAUACUAUGAUCUAUCGCACUCUACUUUACUCAGACAGUAUACUAGCAUCUACCACACGCUACUCAUAGACAGUAUACUAGCAUCUACCACACGCUACUCAUAGACAGUAUACUAGCAUCUACCACAUGCUACUCAUAGACAGUAUACUAUGACGUAUCAAACUAUACUGGCCUCAUCGGAGACAGUAUACUGCCACGUAUGAGUGUACUGUACACAGGCCUGGUAAUAGGAGUGUACUAUGGUGUUUUACUGGUAUUUCUCCAGCAAAGGGAGCCCCUAUGGUCUUACUUUGAACGUCUCAUGAGACAGCCUCUGUGUUGCAUAUUGUAGCCUGGUGUUAGUUCAGUAUGAAGUAUUACCACAGAGGCAUGUACUUCUACCAGAGACGUAGAAACCACUCAUUGUCAACAGCAGCUCAAUCAACACAUCAUUCUACUUCAUAUAUAUUUGAAAAGAUAUGUGAUGUAUUAUUCCAUUCCACUAUGGGGAGACUUUUCUAGUCCGGUUUUGUAAAGUAUGGUGACGACUUCUACCACCUACACGGCUCCUUCGACCUUCUAUGUACUGUCUUUGUACCUUUUUGUUCCAUGUUUGGAGUUCAUUUGCCUCUUCAAAUAUGUUAGACCUCCAUUUUGAGUAUUUGUAAGAUGAUGUACUUUGUUGUACCAUUUUUAUUUUUUCUUACUUCAGUGACAAAGCCGACUAGCCAGACUGAAAUAAACAUCACUUUUCCUUUGGAAAAUACAUCUACA